AUGGACCAGGUGCGACAUGACAUACCGCAAGGGCCGGUCUUUGACGGCAAAGUGUCGUCACUGAGAGUGUUCAAGGUGAGAAUGAGCUACUUCCUCAUGAAGAAUUGCCCAGGCGCAGAGAGAGUGCUCGAGGGGAAGGAGGUUACCAAGGAGCAAGAACAGUUUGCGUACCUGUGCAUCACCUCGGCUCUAGAGGGAUGUAAAGGGACAACAGCAGCGACUGGAGCACUGGGUGAAGAAGAUGCGGCAUCAGCAUGGAGGACUCUCCUUGAUUACUACCAGAGACCAGAGAACGAAGUGCAGAAGACGAGCCAUCUCGUAGACUUCUUCAAUGACACCAAGAUGAUGCCAGGAGACAGUGAAGACGAGUAUGCGAAGAGACUCUACGACGCACGCGACAAGUUCUACUCUGUGUACGACAAGGAGGAGACAGUGACCUGGGGGAAGGUGGCCACAGCGAUUGCUUUUGCCAACUUUCACAUGACGAAGCCAAAAGCCUUUGGUAACGAGAUCAAGACGCCACCAGCAUCGGUACAAGAGAUGACGAAGCAGAUCCUCUCCAGCAACCCGAAGCUAGGGGAGAUCAGGGGGGAGGAAGCCGAACAAGUACUCUACAUCGGCAAAUCACCCCAGCGGCCCAAGAGGGCGAAAACCAUGUGCAAGUGCGGACCCAGGGGACUUGGAGGCACGUCAAACAGAGACUACAACCCGCCAAUGGCCCAGUGA